AUGGUGAAGCCGAGCAAGCUACUCCCUCCGGAUCCACGACCCUGGAAAGCGGAACCCGAAAAGCGCAAAGAACGCAAAGAAUUCGAAAAGGAAGUCGCCGGCUUCGACUGGGGCCAGGCCAUCGCCCUCGGCCUCAUCGGCGCGACGGUCGCCUUUGGGAUCGACAAGUCGCUCAAGCGCACAGAAGAAAAGCACGAGGAGGAGGACAGGAGGGAGGAGAGGCGGAGGCAGAGGGAGAGGCAGUCGAGGUCUCGCCCGCCGAGGAGCAGCCGUAGCCAGGCAGGAUAUGACAGAGACAGGGACAGGGAUAGGUAUAGCAGCAGAUACGACGACGACGGCAGAACCGACGACGGGAGGAGUUUUCGGGAUGAUGGAAGCGAUCGGGAUUACUACGACCCGGAUUGGCACGAGAGGGAGUAUAAGUCCGUGAGGGACUAUGCGCCGCCGCCGAGCGAUGUUUCCGAGGCGAGGGCGACGCGGGGGACCACUGCGAGGGAGGAGAGUGUCAGUGUCAGGGGUGUUGGCGGGAGGGAGUAUGUGAGGGCUGUGGAUCAGUUUCAGAGGGAUUAUGGGUAUGGGGAGCGCCGGCCUAGGUAUGAUGAGCGGAGGCGGAGUCAGAGUAUUCCUGUGUCGAGGUCGAGGGAGUAUUAUUCGAACUGGUGA